AUGAUGCAAAUGGAUGGAUCAAUAGCAGAAAGCAAUAGAGAAGAAGCUAGAAGAGCAAAAGAAAUUGCCGUAGAGAAGUACAAAGCGGGAGAUCUUUCCGGAGCCAAAGAAUAUGCUGUCAAGGCCAAAGAUCUUGAUCCUCAACUUUGUGGCCUUCUCCGUCUCAAUGCAGUUCUUGAUGUGCGAACCGCUUUCGCGAAGAAAAUCAACGGUGAAUUAACUGAUUGGUAUGCUGUUUUAGCGGUUGACCCAACUGCGGAUCUUGAAACUAUCAAAAGCGGUUUCAAGAAACUAGCUCUUGAUAUACUUUUUGACCGUGAUGAGUCUGUGGGUAGCAUUGUUGAAGCACAGGAGAUAUUGGCUGAUGCAUGGAAGUUUAUUGAAAAUGUGAAGAGUUCUUAUGACUCUAGCCGCCAAAUGAAUAUAUUCGUCCAAGAUACCCGCAAGAAUGGAGGGAGAUGUGAUAGACGCGAGAUUUCUCCAACUAUGAUUAAAAGAGCUUUGGCUGAAAAGGCUAGGAAUACAAUCAAACUGAGUCUUGAGAGGAGUAUUUCUGCUUCUCAACACUAUAAUGUUGGUGUUGCUGAUGAUGCUGAAGAUAUAAACCCUCUUGAGUAUAAUAUGGUUCAAGAAAAUGAUUUCUAUAACUUUGACAAGGACCGAGCUGAAGCUUCAUUUGGAGAAAAUGAAGUAUGGGCUGCUUAUGGCUAUGAUGACAUGCCCCGGUUUUAUGCACUGGUCCAUAGUGUUGUCUCUCAAGAACCGUUCAAGCUGCGUAUUUCUUGGUUGGAUAUCACAAAUGAUGAUGAGCCGGCUACAAAGAAGUGGGUUGGUUCAGGGUUUUCAAAGACAAGUGGACGCUUCGCAAUCAGGGAGCGUGAUGUUUGGGCUAUUUAUAAGAAUUGGUCAACAUCUUGGGCAGAAAAUGGGUACGAUGAAGAAGAAUGUAGUGAGUUUGAAAUUGUUGAAGUGGUUGAAGACUUUGAUGAAGAAAUAGGUUUGAUGGUUUUGCCGUUAAUGAAAGUCCCUGGAUUCAAAGCUGUUUUUCGCCGCGACUCAAAUCCAUUUGCAUUUUCAAUCAAAGAACUGCUCAUGUUCUCACAUCAGGUGGUUUAUCAUAGGCUCACAGGUCAGGAAGGUGAGAAUGUUCCUGAAGAUUGCUUGGAGCUUGAUCCAGCAGCUUUGUCAGGGAAGCUUCUCGGGCUUCUCACUUUGGACGAGCUUCUCACUGAUGACGAGAUGAGUGAAUAG